AUCAAGCAUACAACUCAUCUACGACAACUUAAGCAAGUUGUGUGCUUGACUUACACAGUACAACUCAAGUUGUAAGCAAAAAUUGUAAUGUAUAAGCCGAUUUGAACUACACAACUAUGUCCAUAACUGUCGCAUGCAACCUGCUUACAACGUAAGUUGUAUUGUGUAAAUGAAGCACACAACUCAUCUACGAUACCACAGACAAGAUCUGUGCUUGCUUCACACAAUAUGCGACAGUUUUAGACAAAAGUUGCCUAUAGUGUAAAUACCAAUUUGUACAAUUCUAUAUUCUAGGAGUAAAUAAUGUCGUUAUCAAGACAAGCCAAAAAACAUCUAUCAAUGACCUUUGUAAAAUUGGAAGAACUGGUCACGUGUGGUUUGUGCGAUGAAUUGCUAAACAACCCCAAAGUAUUCCCGUGUCUUCAUUCGUAUUGUUAUGAAUGCAUCGUGAAACUUUCUCAGCUUCAAUGUCGCUUGGUGUGCCCAGAAUGCCAAGUUCCAGUGGAGGUGAGAUCAUUUAUUUAUCAUUAAUUGUUUCAGUCAGGACCUUUCUUAAGAACUCGUCUGUAAGCGGGGGGUGGUCAUACUAUACUGCAUGUGGAAAGAUGACAGAUGAUUGUUGGAUCCUAUCAAGUGUAAUAGUAGAGGGGACAGGGGGAAUUCUCCCCCUGAACAAUUCAAAUUGAUAGGGUAUGUCUGGGGGUAUUCUCCCCAAGAAAAUGUUGUAUUCCUGCACCCCUACGACAGCAUUUCGUGCAUUCACUGAAACAGAUUUUUGAAUAUUACAGCGGUGCAUUAUACUAUAUAUAGUGUGAAUCUUCGCCUUCGGUCACUAACGUUUUAGCCUGGCCUUCCAACAACUCAAAUCUAUAGGGUCUGGGAUAUGCUAUCCACAUGGAAAUGUUUAAAAUAUAAGGUAUUUACAACACAAUGUUUAGUAUUCUUAAAAAGACAUUGAAUCAUUUGAAGAUAUAAAGACAGGACAUAAGAUUCACAAAGCAAAUUUCAGUUAGUAUAUUAUAAACCUUCCUUCUAAAUUCCAUUUGUCUUCGCUGGAUAUAGAUAAACAGAAAGAUAAACAGAAAGUAAAUUUUAGGCUUUGUCCUUGUUUAACAAAGUCGAUUUCAAUUGUGUUACGUUUGUCUACCACUAAGUAAUGAAAAAUUAUUGUUAAUAUUUUUUAAAUUUUUUGUCCGUUUUUUCCUUCUUUUAUUUCAAAUACAAGUAUAGUUAGCAUAAAUUUUAAAGCAAAUUUGAAUGCUCGGAAUGCAGGAAAUGACAUUGAUUUCCGUGCUUCAAAUUUCAAACAUUUUCUGAGGGAGUAUGCCCACAGAUUCCUCUAUUCAUGCGUAGUAUAUGUCGGCCAUACACGUGGCCUUCAGCCAUUGCUAUCCCCCUCUAAUAUAUUAUCUCACCGAAAGGUAUCUUUUCAAAAAAUCCCCCCCCCCCCGGGAAAAUCCUUAAAAAGGCCCUGACGCACAUACACACAUUAUUCAGUUUUCAGUAACCUAUUGUACAGUAGACUAUUUAUCUUUACAACAAUUGUAUAAUCACUUUCCUAACUAUGUUAAUCUUAGCACGCCCUGUCAAAUUUACCCGUGGGACGAAUCCAUGGGAAACCCACAACGUUCGGCAGAGGGUCGACUGACUCUUCAUAUGAGGUGAAAGGUGGUUGCCCUAAAGACUGCGCACAUUAAUUAACAAUUAGUGAAUGAGGUUGAGCACGAUAUGAAGAAUUAUCAAGCCCGAAGUUUGCCGUUAUAACGGCAAACUUCGGGCUUGAUAAUUCUUCAUAUUGUGUGAAAACCGAAUUCAAUAAUUGUUUUAUUAUUUAUUUAAAAAAUUCAAAAUAAACGAUCAUCCAUUUGUUCGCCCGCGUUAAUAAUCAGCCAAACAAGAAUUAGGAAAAGUGUUCUUGCCGUGGUUUGUGUCUUAACUAUCUGAAACAGAUAUCCCAAACGUGGAAGUCCUGUGUAGGUUGUAUUCUAUACAAGCUGCCAUGGGUUGUGUCUGAACUACCUGAAAAUAAUAUCCCAAACGUGGAGGUCCAGUGUUGGUAGUAUUGUAUAAUAAAGAGGUCCAGUGUAAGUAGUAUUCUAUACAAUAGUAGAUGGGUAUUGUAGAUGGAAAUUAUUGAGUGGAAAUUUAUAUAUAUUUGUUAAACCUAACCAGGAACAGUUGCGAAAAAUAAGACUUUAAGUCCCUGGCAGGAAUCCAAGCUGCGGCCCUGCCUAUAUCUAAAAUAUCCCAUAACCUAUGCAUGUGGUAAAACCCUAGUAUAAACAUGCAUUUGUGGUUAGAGCUCGACGUACAAAUGUAGCUCAGUUGGUCAGUUCAAUUUCUGCUGGGCAUUUAAAGUUGCAUUUUUCGCAGCUGUUCCUGAUUUGGUCAAACAAAUGUAUAUUAAUUUCCACUCGAUAAUUUCCAUCCACAAUACCUUCCACCAUUGUUCAAUCGAGUGAGAUGCCAAAAAAAAUCAUGAACUGCCUGAAAAACUCUGUAACGUGGUGGUCCACCAGGUCUUUUUAUCGCACAUAUAAUGUUUUUUUCUGUGACAUAUAAAUAGAAUUAUUAUUUAUUUAAAAAAUUCCUGGUUUCUGAUUGGCUAACAGCCAGCUGUUAAAUUGUCAUAUCAACUCAAUGGCUAACCAAAUCUGGAUUUUUCACAUUCAUAAUAGCAAAAUGACGUCAACGAGUCAAUAUGAAAAAAAUUUGGACGCGUUUGCGCCAUAUUACUAUGACGACGACAAUCAUAUUGACUCGCUGACGCCAUCGAUAUGACGACGACGACUGCAGAAGGACUAAAGAAUUGUUUUUUUCUUAAUAAUACAAGUAAAAUACAAAUGGCUUCUUCCACUGAAAGGUUCGCCAACCUUGGCGAAGCCGAAAUUCAAAAAUUACUGGAAGAUAAAGAUUCGUUAAAUACAAAAAGAUAAACAAAACCUUCUAGAAUACUGUAGGUUAUGGGAUAUUUUAGAUAUAGGCAGGGCCGCAGCUUGGAUUCCUGCAAGGGACUUAAAGUCUUAUUUUUCGCAACUGUUCCUGGUUAGGUUUAACAAAUAUAUAUAAAUUUCCACUCAAUAAUUUCCAUCUACAAUACCCAUUUACUAUUGUAUAGAAUACUACUUACAUUGGAACCUCUCUAUUAUACAAUACUACCAACACUGGACCUCCACGUUUGGGAUAUUAUUUUCAGGUAGUUCAGACACAACCCAUGGCAGAUUGUAUAGAAUACAACCUACACAGGACUUCCACGUUUGGGAUAUCUGUUUCAGAUAGUUCAGACACAAACCACGGCAAGUUGUUAUAAAGUGCUUUCUACACUGGACACUGCAUUCUGAUUUACGAAUAUCAUUUUUCGGUACAAUCCAAAUAAACCCGUAGCAGCUCACUUUAUAGUAUAGCCAUGCACUACCUAAAGUGAUUGUCAAUCAUGUUAUAUUUGUGCUUACUAUACCAAUCUUGCAUUAUAAGUCAUAAUAACAUUGAUUCAUUUUACCAGAUUGGUAAUCCACCUGAUCUUUCCAUCCUACCGACAAAUUUCUUCGCCAACAACGUUUUGGCGACACUGAGUUUGGGCGACAACGACGAUGCUCCAGCUUUGUUAUGCGACAACUGCGAAGACGCAGAGAAGCCUGUGGAAAAACGCUGCAAAGAUUGCUUGCAAUUCCUGUGCGGACCAUGCGCCGAAUUUCACCAAAUUUCAUGUGAUACGAAGGAUCAUGUUCUACAAUCGAUAGACGAGUUGAAAAACAACGAACCGGCGGAGAACGCAAGGCCUCUGAAGUGCAGUAAACAUCAUGAACUCAUUAAAUUUUACUGCGACACGUGUCAGAAAACAAUCUGCAUGUCUUGCUCUGUGCUUGAGCAUAAACCACACAACGUCGUUUCGCUGGAAGAAAGCGCCUCGGAUGCCAAAGAAGAAGUUGAGAACCUUUUGAAAAAAGUUAACAAAAGGGUUGAAACAAUCUCUGUGGGAAUCGAUGUAGCUGUAGCGAAAAGCCAAGAUAUAAAUUCCAGCGAAGAGUCGUGCAAGACCCAGAUUGAAACGUUUUUCACACAAUUGCAUGAGGAAAUCGAUGCCGAAAAGCAAAACAUGCUGGCGAUAACCGCAUCGACAACAGAACGCCAAAAAAGUGAAGUCGAAGAACCGAAGAAGGUGCUGGACCUCGCGCUCUCUACGUGCCAAAAUGGUGUGAAUUUUGCAAAGCGUACUCUUGAAAACGGAAAUGACGUUCAACUUUUGAACAUAAAACCAACCAUCACACAGUAUCUGGUUAACUUAAAAAGCGUGGAAGAUGAAAUCACUCCCAAAGUAGGAAACCCGGUUCGAUUUUUAAAAAGAGAAUCCCCAAUUCAGUUUUGUAAACAGUUAAUUAGAGACAUGUGUUCUGUCGAAGAGGUAGCUGUCUGUCCUGCAAAGUGCGAAGCGAAGUUUCUAGAUCCGACGCUUAAAGUCGGCAAGAAAUCGGUGAUUGUUGUAACAUGCAAGGACAAGGAAGGUCGGAUUAUAAGUUCGGGUUGUGGGAAAGAUAAAAUUAGGGUGACCCUCAAUGGUGUGCAGCUACAAGAUGCCAAAAUAUCAGAGAAGCAAGAUGGCACCCAUGAGAUUUCAUUUGUGGUAAACGAGCUAGGGACGUUCCAAUUUGAAGCAAAGAUCAAUGGCGUUGUGGCUCCAGCUUGUUCUCUUGAAGCAGAUGUGAAAUGGGAGUUAAGCGAUGUUCAUGGCAGUGGGUAUUUACGAAUGAAUAGACAGAUGGUCAACUGCAUGUCAGGAGAGAGUGAUGUGGGGAAGUAUUGUUUCAGAUUGGGAAAUAACCCUAUGAAGUCAGGUAUUGUGCAGUAUUUAAAGGAUAGUUUAUACAUUUUAUCUAUUGAAAGGCGGGGGGGGUUUCCCUAGCUGCAAGAAAUUGCCAUCCUGGGGCCGAUUAAUUUAAAAAGGUAGUUAAAGAUUAAAAUUAGUGCAUAACUAUAACCAAUCAAAAUCGCGUAUUUUAGAGUUUACUACUAUUUAACUAGGAACUCUCGAUUUCAGGAGCACAUCACUGGGAAGUCGAAGUCAGCCAUGCAGUACAAGACGAAGAAGAGUGUUUCCAAGAUCCAGAGGGCCCAACAUUUGAAGUUGGUGUCAUCGAAGCCGGCGGUGAUUAUUCUGAAGCCAGUAUCGUGGACGAAAUUACGAAGAAAUGGGUUUACUCUGGACCGG